GCUGCUGCUGCUCGCACUAGUGCGCCCGUCAGCAGGCGGCAGCGGCUGCUGGCUCCGAGCGCCCCGGGGCGCGCUGCUUGUGGGGACCGGCUGGGGAGGGCUGUUGCCUCUGCUUGGGGUGCCCAGGACCGGCUGCGGGAACCUGCGGAAGGCAGUCACUGGAGUCGAACCAGGUGAUCUCCGGGGAUAACGAACAAGGACUCCAGCCGAAGCCCUCUCCAGUGCUGCGACGCGGAGCGGGGAGGGGGCCAGGGAAACGGGCGCGCGGCAGCCCCCGGAAUGACUUCGAGGAGUUCCCCUUUGGCGCCCCUGCUGCUCCUAUCUCUACAAGGGAUUGCCUCAUCUCUAGAUGUUUCAGAGAGCCCUGGGAGUAUACAAGUAGCUCGGGGACAGACAGCAGUGCUGCCUUGUACAUUUACCACCAGUGCUGCCCUAAUUAACCUUAAUGUAAUUUGGAUGGUCAUCCCACUCUCCAAUGCUAACCAACCUGAGCAGGUCAUUCUGUAUCAGGGUGGACAGAUGUUUGAUGGUGCCCCACGGUUCCAUGGUAGGGUAGGAUUUACAGGCACCAUGCCAGCCACUAAUGUCUCAAUCUUCAUCAAUAAUACCCAGCUGAUGGACACAGGCACAUACCAGUGCUUAGUCAAUAAUCUUCCGGACAGGGGUGGCAGAAACAUUGGGGUCACUGGGCUUACUGUUUUAGUUCCCCCUUCUGUUCCACUCUGUCGAAUUCAAGGAUCCCAGGAUAUAGGUAGUGACGUCAUACUGAUCUGUAGUUCAGAAGAAGGCAUCCCCCGGCCAACCUAUCUCUGGGAAAAGCUGGAUAAUAUCCCCAGGCUACCUCCAUCUGCUACACAAGACCAAAUCCAGGGAACAGUCACUCUUCGUAAUAUCAGCUCUGUCUCCUCUGGCUUGUACCAGUGUGUGGCUUCUAAUGCCAUUGGGACCAGUACUUGUCUCUUGGAUCUUCAGGUCAUUUCACCCCAGCCCAGGAGUAUUGGUGUCAUUGCAGGAGUCGUGAGUAGUGCUGCGGUUGUCGUUAUCCUGUGUCUUAUCUUGAUGCUUGUGGCGUUCUUUUACUGGAGAAACAGAAAUAAAGAGGAAGAGGAGGAAGAGAUCCCUAAUGAGAUAAGGGAAGAUGACCUUCCCCCGAAAUGCACUUCAUCUGCCAAAGCUUUCCCCGCAGAGAUCUCAUCUUCAGAGAACAACACGCUCACCUCGUCUAACACUUACAAUAGUCGCUACUGGACCAACAACCCCAAAGUUCAUCGCGCCACGGAGGUGUAUGGCCACCUAGGGGACCUGCACCAGUCCUUCUCUCUCCACUCAGGCAGUGCCCAUAUGCCAGCUGUCUAUGCCAAUGGGAGCCACCUGGUCCCACCUUCCGUGAAAACUCUGGUUGUGACGGCCAACAAAACCCCCUCGCCACAGGCCGUGUCCAGGAGCAAUGGGUCCAUCGGCCGGAAGCCCCGGCCCCAGCACACUCACUCCUACACGGUGAGCCAGACCACCUUGGAGCGGAUCGGCGCAGUCCCCGUCAUGGUGCCAGCCCAGAGUCGAGCAGGCUCACUAGUGUAGAGCUGAGAGAGUUCAGGAAAAGAACAUUUCAUUAUAGAAGGGGUAGAAUGCUGGAAAGGAGAUUGUUUUCUUCAUCCUCACAUCAUUUAAAAAAUACAGUGGGAAGAGCUGAAUAGGAUUCCACCUUGAGAUUAGCAAGAAUAACAACAACAAAAAAAAAAAAAAAGGAGGGGGGGGAGAUCUUCCAGCAUGAUGAUUCCAUUCUCCCCUUGGAUUCAUGGGGUUCUUAUCACCACAUUGAAUAUCAUAGAUGUGCCAAGCCCAGGAAAGAAGAGGGCGGGUAAAAUCCAAAUUCCAGUCCAGAUGGGCUUUUUAUCUAAUCUAUACCUAAUUUACCUUUUUUUUUUUCCCCUUCUUUUUUUUUGAAAAAAAGACUAAAGUGCCAGGUGGUGUUUGAAUAAUGAAAACCACUUUGGAAGGAAAGGUUCCUUUAGAAAAGUGAUGUUCUAACUAUCUCCUUGGGGAAGGGGGUGAGGCAGAAAUGGUUCAUAUUGACCCUCCCCCCCACCCCCAGAGUGUCAGCAACAAAAGCAUGCACAGAGAACAAUACUUAGUGAGAAGCAGGGAGAAACGGAGGUAGCUCCAUCAAGGUUUCCCUUUCUAUUUAUUUAUUUAUCUUUUCUCUUGAACCAUCUCAUAUUUAGACCAUUUCUCUAGUAGUUAUAGAUGAAUGACCACUUUUUCUUUCUAGCAUUGGUUUUAUGCCUGUGGCCAUCACAGCUGUUUGUUUAUUCAUUAUUCCCUGGGGAAGAAAAUAUUUUGAAAAGAGGACUAUUUUUGGAUAGGAGGGUGUGAGGCUGAGCAAGAAAAAGUAGAGGUUUGAGAAUCAGUGUUUAUGCUUAGUAAGUUAGGUAACAUUUUCAUCACCCAAGAGCUGUUUUGUUUUAUUUUGUGGUUCAUGCAGUUCAGGGAAGGCCACCUUCCAGGACUGUAGCAUUUAGGGCACUUUCUCUAUAUAGGGCUGUCUGUGGGUCUCCCUUGUUAUCACACUGGGAGAACAGCACAUAAUACCUCUUGCAUUGAGGCAGAUUACAUAAUUUUCACUUGACAGAUAGAUAUUAUUAGAUGAAAAGGGAGGGGGGAGUUAAUUUGUUUUUUAAGGAAAAAAUUUAUUUUUUGGCAAAGAGAAAAGGCAGAGACAAAUGGGAAGAUGGGAUAAUUGCGCUGUUUUCCCAGUUUAUGAUAUGCUCCUGCUCACAGUAAGAAAGGCCUGCCCAAUCUCUGUGACAGCUCAGGGUUGCCAUUUUGCACAGGGGUUUUACCCAAAGGCAUCUCACGCGACUGUAAAAGUAUUCCUUUUCUCCAGAAUGAACCAGCUUGGGUCUCUACACAGCCCAGAUUCACUGGGAAAUUUGCCAACUCUCCACAUCAUUUUGUGCUGUGUAGACUUGCCCACAAGUAAUGUCUUUGCUAACUGUAGAGCCUUAAUCAAACUAGAUUGCUAAAAGCACAAGCAGCUGCUUCUGGGAUGUGAUUACUUAAUAUGUAGCUUAUCCAGAAUACUGGACCCAUAAUUCAUUUUAAAGCAAGUUCUUCCAGGUUGUCUCUUACCCUCCUGUUCCAUUACCCUUUUUCAUCCUCCCUAUCACACACAUCCUUUUUGAUCAGCAUAAUCAUCUUUGGAUAUGGUCUCCUGGGCCAUUUUUUGAUGUGAUAUUGUGCCUUCUUUGCACAAAAAGGAGAAAAAAAAUCCCUUCUGCCACCAGAAAAGUUUUUAAGAAGGCCAGACUCUAAACCUCAUCCUCUCAGAUAUUUCAGUAUCAGUAUGGAUUUGGAUUUACUUUUGUGUACUACUUAUAUUAUUCCAUUUGACUGCUCUUGGCUUUGUAAAAAUCUAAAUAAAUGAAAUGAAUGUCUAUACUUUUAUAAAGUAAAUGGGAAAUUCUGACAUUGUAAAGGAGGCACUGUCAGCUAUUGUUCAGGAAGCUGUAUCGGUCAUUCUGUAGAGAGAGUCUUCUCUUGUAUUUCUUUAUUCUUUCUAAUUGUCUAAAAUUCAAUAAAAGUUUAUUCAUAUACAA